ACUCUCCUUAUUACUAGUCUGUACUUAUCCUUUCUUUAACCCUGUUGUUAUCUCAAAGCUUUUAGGAUCAACGGCUGACAUGGCACAAGAAGAACGCCGGAUCUUGGUGGCCGUCGAUGAAGGCGAGGAGAGCUUGCACGCCCUCUCAUGGUGCCUCAAAAACCUUCUUUUUCAAAAUUCCAAGGACGCCCUUAUUCUUCUCUACGUGAAACCCCCUCGCGUCGUUUAUUCUACCUUCGAUGGGACAGGAUAUUUGUUUUCCUCCGACGUAACGGCAGCCAUGGAGAGGUACGGCCAGGAGGUGGCGGAUGUGGUCUUGGAGAAAGCCAUGAAAUUGUGUAACAGUGUUGAAAAAGUGGAGACGAGGGUAGAGAACGGCGAUCCGAGGGACGUGAUUUGUGAAAUGGUUCAAAAGUUGGGUGCUGAUGUGUUGGUGAUGGGAAGCCAUGGCUAUGGUCUCAUCAAGAGGGCUUUCCUUGGAAGUGUUAGUAAUCACUGUGCACAGAACGCCAAGUGCCCAGUUUUGAUUGUCAAAAAGCCAAAACCAGCUGUCGGAAACCAAUAAAUCAUAUUUUAAUCUUUCUCACCUUCUUUUCUUCUGUAAAUAAGUUAUUUGAGUUGCCUGUGUUUUUGUUUGUUCCUUCAAAGGGAUAUAAUGCCAAAUAUAUCUUAUGAAUUUUAGUU